UGGAGCAGACAAGAGGAAAUCCCGUUAGUUUUUCAGUGAAGAUAUUGUAACAGUCCAUGUCUCAUCUACUAUUAUCAACCUAGCAAAGUUAUUGACAGCAAUGUCGAGAGAAAACACCACUCGGAGUUUGGACAGCAUUGACCUCUCUGCUUUAAGAGACCCUGCAGGUAUCUUUGAGUUGGUGGAGGUGGUUGGCAAUGGAACCUACGGUCAGGUGUACAAGGGUCGUCAUGUCAAGACAGGCCAACUGGCAGCUAUCAAAGUCAUGGAAGUCACAGAGGAGGAAGAGGAGGAGAUCAAACUGGAGAUCAACAUGUUGAAGAGCUAUUCCCACCACAGGAACAUUGCGACUUAUUACGGAGCUUUUAUCAGGAAAGGUCCUGCUGGACAGGACCACCAGCUCUGGUUAGUGAUGGAGUACUGUGGAGCCGGCUCUGUGACAGACUUGGUGAAGAAGACAAAGGGGAACUGUCUCAAGGAGGACUGGAUAGCUUACAUCUGCCGAGAGGUGCUCAGGGGUCUUUCCCAUCUUCACUCCCAUCAUGUGAUUCAUCGAGACAUUAAGGGACAAAAUGUUUUGCUCACAGAGAAUGCCGAAGUCAAACUGGUUGACUUUGGAGUGUCGGCACAGCUGGAUAAGACGAUAGGUCGAAGAAACACCUUCAUUGGUACUCCCUAUUGGAUGGCUCCGGAGGUCAUCGCCUGUGACGAGAACUCUGAGGCCACAUAUGACUACAGGAGUGACCUGUGGUCUUUAGGCAUCACUGCUUUGGAGAUGGCUGAAGGAGCCCCUCCUCUGUGUGACAUGCAUCCAAUGAGAGCUCUGUUUUUGAUUCCACGAAACCCUCCGCCCAAACUGAAAUCAAAGAAAUGGUCGAAGCGUUUCUUGUCUUUUGUUGACGGUUGUCUGAUCAAGAACCACCUGCAUCGACCCACGACGGACACCCUGCUGAAACACGCUUUCAUCAGAGACCUGGCUAAUGAAAGACAAGUCCGCAUCAUGCUCAAAGAUCACCUAGAUCGAACCAGGAAGAAGAGGGAGAAAGAGGGUCCAGAGUACGAGUACAGUGAUGGUGAAGAGGACGAGGACGAGGUGACGGAGGAGGAAGGAGAACCCAGCUCCAUCGUGAAUGUUCCUGGUGAGUGGACGUUAAGACGAGAGUUUCUACGUCUGCAGACAGAGGAUCACGAAGGCGGCAGAGAGGGAGGCCACGGAGGAGGUGUGGCUAGACAGAGACAACAGGCGUUACAGCAGCAGUUGGAGGAGCAGGAACGAUACAAACAGCAGUUACUGGCUGAUAGACAGAAGAGAAUCCAGCAGCAGCAUGAGCAGCGGCAGAAGUUGGAGGAUCAGCAGAGGCGGCAGCUGACAGACGUUGCCUUUCAGUGGGCGGAGCUUAAGGAGAUAUUGCUUGGAGAGGAGUCUGAUCGCCGUGAAAGCUUAACCAUCUUGGAUGAGAGAAACCGGAGGAGUGACAGGAGACAGGAGCAUGCAGGCAGAAAGCGUAGUGGCGAUGUGUCAGUAAGGCCUCAGGACUCGUCUGCAGCGCAGAGAGCCGUGGCUCCAAACCAGCUGCUUCAGCACAAGGCCCAGCUCUCCGAGCCUAGGCAACAGCCGCAAGCCAAGCCCCAGUCUCUGGCUCAGCAUCAGCAGCCAUCGGCAGGCAGAAGAUCCCACCGCACCCUGCCCAAGGACCAAACUCAGCUCCUUUCUCUGCAGCACGACCACAGACACAGGGAGAGAGAGCGGCAGAGGCUCAGAGAAAAGCCUGUGGCAGCUUUCCAGAAGCUAUCAGCUAAUAGUGGGAACACAGCUGCUGCUGCUGCUGCUGUUGCUGUUGCUUCCUCACCCAGCCACCCUGCACAAAGCCAGCGUUUAGCGAUGGACUUACAAGAAUCAAACCUGGCCAGGCUCCUCUUGGCUGCUGGUCUGCCAAGCCCGAUGCAUCCUAGGAUGGGCUCUGGGAGCAGCUCUAGUCCUUGUACUCCAGCCAUGCAGAGAGCUCACCUCAACCAGAAUGCCAAUCUACGCUCUAGUCGUGAUGCCCCUCACAGCAGCUCUAUGUCAAACAUGGUCCUGUCCCCCUUGUCCCCGUUUGCCCCCUCUUCCCAUAAUGAUGAUGUCUUCUGGGACUCAGUUGAGACGCCGCCUAAGGUUCCAGAACGCACUACCUCUAAGUUUUACUGCCGGGAGCUGGUGAUGGGACACAAGAGGGCAGCUUCAAGUGGCAGUCCAAUGUUUGUAGCAGAUAAGAGUGGAAGAUCUGUAGCUCAUGAAGUCUCGUCUACAAGCAGCAACCACCCAGGUUACUUCAAGCUGGAGAGUCCUCUUCUACAGCCCGUUCGACAGCAACACAGAAAGGCACAAGAGAACUUCACCAGCGGGCAAUCACAAGGUGGAAGAUCUGCUCUGGGUCGACUUAACAAGGCCACAGAAUACUCCUCCUCCAGUGAUGAGGUCGGCAGCAGUGAUGAUGAAGACAGCAGAAGGCCCGGCCUGUCCAAUGGAACCCGGAGAUACUUCAGUGGAAUCCCUGAUGGCAUCGUACUGCAGCCUCACAUCAAUCUUAACCAGAUUUCUCGGAUAGGUUCAGAUGAAACCUACCUGCUUCCAGACCUUUUGCAGAAAGCCUCUUCUCCAAGUCCUACCCAUAAUGCACUGGGCCAGCAGCAAACUCAUGAACUCAACUACUCGCAGUCACCCACAGCCCUUCGAUCCAACACACGGCAGGAACUAUAUGCUGUCAGCAGUCCCAAGGGUAAAAACACCUCCUCAACUUCCUCCUUCCUUUCCUUCAUUGAUCCAAGACUGAUACCCAUAUCGUCGCCUCCGCAAAGUCCAACAGGCAGUAAGGAUGAGCCAAUCAAGAGGGAGAACCAUAGGAAAGGGUCCGUAGUAAACGUGAACCCAACCAACAUUCGACCACAGAGCGACACUCCCGAGAUCCGCAAGUACAAGAAGAAAUUCAACACUGAGGUUCUCUGCGCUGGACUAUGGGGUGUGAAUCUGUUAGUGGGGACAGAGAACGGCCUGUGGCUUCUGGAUCGAAGUGGUCAGGGAAAAGUCUACUCCCUCAUCAGUAGGCGAAGGUUUCAACAGAUGGAUGUGUUGGAAGGACUCAAUGUACUGAUUACUAUAUCAGGUAAAAAGAACAAGCUCCGGCUGUACUACCUGUCCUGGUUAAGGAAUAAAAUCUUACACAACGACCCAGAGGUGGAAAAGAGACAGGGCUGGACCUCAGUAGGUGACCUUGAGGGCUGUGUGCAUUAUAAAGUGGUGCGCUACGAUAAGAUCAAGUUCUUGGUGAUUGCUUUGAAGAAUGCUGUGGAGGUGUAUGCCUGGGCCCCGAAACCCUACCACAAAUUCAUGGCAUUUAAGUCAUUUAGGUCUCUGCCUCAAAAACCCCUGUCCGUUGACCUGACUGUGGAGGAAGGUCAAAGGUUAAAGGUCAUCUACGGCUCCUUGUCGGGUUUCCACGCCAUCGAUGUCGACUCUGGCACACCUUAUGACCUCUACCUCCCCACACAUAUCCAGGGUUCCAUCCAUCCCCAUGCCAUCAUCAUUUUGCCAAAUAGUGCGGGAACAGAGGUUCUAGUUUGCUACGAGGAUGAGGGCGUCUAUAUCGACACGUAUGGCCGCAUCACCAAGGAUACAGUACUGCAGUGGGGGGAAAUGCCUGCUUCAGUUGCAUACCUUCAGUCUAACCAAGUGAUGGGUUGGGGAGAGAAAGCCAUAGAGCUGAGGUCGGCUAACACGGGGAACCUGGAGGGAGUCUUCAUGCAUAAGAAGGCCCAGAAACUCAAAUUCCUGUGUGAACGCAAUGACAAGGUCUUCUUUGCCUCAGUGCAGUCAGGGGGAAGCAGCCAGAUUUACUUCAUGACUCUGGGACAGAACUCGCUGUUCAACUGGUAACAACUGGACCUUAUAGUCUGGGAUCAGCUGUCGGGUCUGCCCACGUCGUUCUCUGUUUACCUGGUGAUGCUUUUUAUAUUUGUGCUGACUCGUGUUCAUACAACGGAUAGCUGACAACGUGCAGGGACCAGCGACAACGUACAGGAGUAACUAAAUCCUCUUGUUUCCAUUCUUCUGUGCUUUAUUAUUUCAUGUAAAGGCACACAGAUUAGUGGUUGGCUUAUACUCAAACAACAUUAAAAAUGCUUUAAUCCUCAAGAGAUACUGGAGCCUGAGACAACUCUACUUCAUGUACACCUGAUAAAGACCUGGAUUCAGCUAAAAGAGCUCCAGAGCAGUGGCACCUCAUCCACCCACAGACGUUUUCAGAAGAGCAACUCACAGUGUCACCAUGAAAAAUCACACAAAGCUUUUAUGUGGGAACCACAUACUUUUUUUCUCCUUUGAGAAAACCGUCACUGCACCAGUGUGGCAAGGAAUCAAUCCUUUCUUUUGUGUCAUAUUUAUCCGAAUCUACCUGAAAGCAAAACCUAAGGCUUGAUUCAGUGGACUGUGUGGAGAUUCUAAACGAACAUCAGAUCAUAGGUCACAUCUGCACUCAACAUCCCGCUCCUGUGAGUACUGGACCCCUCAUGAAGUCUGCUCAGUGUGUUCCCCUCGUUCAGCAGAUCUCUCCUGGAUACCGUUUUAAAGCACUGUUCAAUCAGUUGCUUAGCUAACCCAUGCACAUUUCAGUAACUCACUCACUUUCGGACUUUAAUCUGUGCCUGUGUGUGUUUUGUUACUGGAUCCACUGCUUCCUUAUCAUCUGACAAACUACGGUCUUAGCACAUUGAUCAUUUUUCUCCCACACCAGAGGAGUAAAUGGAUGGUAAAUGGGCUUGAGCUUGUAUAUCGCUUUUCUAGUCUUCUGACUACUCAAAGAGCUUUUACACGGCACUUCACACCUACAC